GAAUCACGUCCUCCUGUUCUCCCUCAUACAAACCAGAGGCAGCUGGAACGUUCCUCGAGUCACAGAACAGAAGAAAGAAGCUACGUUUCUUCAGGACGCCUCGCAGCUCCACCUGCCAAAGAGCUACGAAACACAGCGAGCUGGUUAUUCAUAUCGCUGGGUUCCUGGAUGUUGCUAUGGAGUGAGAGAUCUCCUGCGUGUAUCAUCUCUGUGAGAGUCUUGGGCAAACAUGGCGGCGGUGACACCAGUGAGGUGUUCUCUGAGAAUACUGAGACGUCUGCGAACAUGCACAACUUUAAAAUAUAAUAAUGAACCGCUGAGGUGCUCAGUCCAGUCCUCUGUUAAACCCCGGGUUGUAUCCCAUCGCCUCCAGCAGUGUCCCAGGCUCCAGGCUCUUGGACCGGCCCCUGUAUUACACAUCUCCACACCCCUCACUUCAGUCCACUGGAGAGGCUUCAGAUGCAGCCAUGUGGCCUCUGGACAGGUGCUGCAGUUCAAACUCUCAGAUAUUGGAGAGGGCAUAAUGGAAGUGACAGUGAAAGAGUGGUAUGUCAAAGAAGGAGACCGAGUCUCCCAGUUUGACAGCAUUUGUGAAGUCCAGAGUGACAAAGCAUCCGUCACCAUCACGAGCCGUUAUGACGGCAUCAUCCGUAAGCUGUAUUAUGACGUAGAUGCUAUCGCACAUGUAGGUUCACCUCUUGUGGACAUCGAAACGGACAAAGUGCUGGAGGGUGCCCCAGAGGAAGAUGUGGUAGAGACUCCAGCAAUAUCCCAUAUGCAAUCACAUCCGGAAAUCAAGGGCCAAAAAACCCAGGCGACACCAGCGGUGCGCCGUCUGGCCAUGGAGAACAAUAUUAAACUAAGUGAGGUGGUCGGGACAGGAAAAGAUGGACGUAUUUUGAAAGAGGACAUUAUCAAUUUCUUAGCCAAGCAGACAGGAGCUAUCCUCCCGUAUGAAGUCCAGAAAAUCCCAUCACCCACUGCAGAUACCCCACCCAAAGAAAAGACGCCCAUCAUGGCUCCUCCGGCGAUCCCGAGACCUGUCUUCACUGGGAAAGACAGGACAGAGCCUCUGAACGGUUUCCAGAAGGCCAUGGUGAAGACCAUGACUGCUGCUCUGAAGAUUCCUCACUUCGGUUACUGUGAUGAGGUCGACCUGACGCAGCUAGUGCGGUUACGCUCACAGCUGAAGGACCUGGCAGAGUCUCGCGGUGUCAAACUCAGCUACAUGCCUUUCUUCAUCAAGGCUGCGUCACUCGGGCUCUUGCAGUUUCCUGUUCUCAAUGCCUCUGUGGAUGAAGGCUGCCAGAACAUCACAUUCAAGGCGUCUCAUAACAUCGGCUUGGCGAUGGACACUCCUCAGGGCCUCCUGGUGCCCAAUGUGAAGAGCGUUCAGGCCCUCAGUGUUUUUGACAUUGCUGUGGAGCUCAACCGUCUGCAGGCUCUGGGUUCAGCCGGACAGCUGGGCUCCGCUGAACUCACAGGAGGAACCUUCACACUCUCCAACAUUGGCUCGAUUGGAGGGACGUAUGCCAAGCCGGUGAUUCUGCCCCCGGAGGUGGCCAUCGGAGCUUUGGGAAAGAUCCAGGUGCUGCCCAGGUUUAACUCCUGUGACGAGGUAGUGAAAGCGUACAUCAUGAACGUCAGCUGGUCUGCCGAUCAUCGUGUCAUUGAUGGUGCUACCAUGUCCCGUUUCUCCAACCUGUGGCGCUCUUACCUGGAGAACCCAGCUUCCAUGGCCCUGGACCUCAAAUGAACACUGCUCUGGAAAUCAGAUCUCGCAAUCCGUUAUUUCCUGGAGUAUCUCUUUAAGUUACUCAUAGCUGCAAAACAGUGUCGUGCCUAUCAUGUGAACACUCAAGUUUCUGCUUUCACAUUCAUCUGAGGAAAAAACUACUUUCUCUAGUUGCCUUAAAGACUCUUACUGUAACUUUGGAUUGCAAAACACUCACCUUAUGUUUUUGACAAUGCUUUUAUGUAGCAGGUGCUGCACGUUUCAAAUGUUCAUUUAUUUGCUGUGCAUCAAGCAUGGCUCGAAGUCUGAAAUCACCUGUAGGUUUUUCUGAUGCCUUGUUUAUAGGGGGUGGGAGGCUGAUACUGACUGGCUCUUAGACAAACAUCUGUAGUGUCUCAUUGUUUGCUGACUUUCUCUGAGACUUCAUUCACACAAGCCUCUGUUGAGCUGACAGACAGCCACUUCAUCUAAAACCACUUGUGUGCCAGUCAUAGUUAAAUGAUGGUCCUUUCUUCACAGUUAAAACAACAAAUGGACCCACACAUAUAUAGAUUGCUAAAAUGUGAGGGUAAUAAAGGUUUUACAGCAAGCUGUUUUGCUUUUUGCAUAGUAAAAUUCGUUAAAUAAUGAAAUGCGCAAUUGCUUAAUAUGAUGAACAGAUUUAAUUUAGGCUUGAUAUGCAAGAUCUUGCUGCAUGAGCAUGUUUAAGCUUCCGUUUACUAUAUUUGAUUAAGGUUUAUAUGUAAAUGAAAGCUUAAAUGAAAACUGUUCAUCAUGUAAAGCGAUCUUGUCUCUUCAGAAGGUUUGGAUUAAGUAUGAAUUAGUUUUAUAAUCUCUUCAUGACGUUUUUGAAGCUUCAAAGUUUUGGUGGAAUAGACUUUCAAAGGAGAGACAUCUUGGUCACACUUUAUAUUAGGUGGUCUUAAGUACUAGGUACUAACAUUACCUAACAAGACUAUUUAUUUCCUGGGAAACUACAUGUGAGGUAUGGUUAGAUUUAGGAGUAAGUGUAGGAUUAGGGUUAGUGUAUUGGGUUGCAGUUUGGGGUAAAGUUAACAGUGUAACUACAACUCAAGUACUUUAAAUGUAAUUAAAAUGGACCAAGUAUUUUGAAGAAUGUAGGUAACCAAACUAGUGGUCGACGGUUAUUGUUUUUUUUUUUGACAGCCGAUGCCGAUAUUUUACAGUAUAGCAGCAUAGUUUGAAAUCACAAGUUUAAAGUUUGUAGACCGUGCGUCUGCAGUGAAGCUACGGAGCACAAAUGUAUACUUCUCACUGCUGGAUUCAACUAAGACUGCAAGGUUUGUGAAAUUAAAUGUUUAUUAGACAUUUAAAGAUUUGUUUAAAUGAUAUAAAUGCAUAUUUGCUAAAUGCUGAUGGUAAACGAGAAAGUAUUAUGUUUGCCUUUCUAUUACUAUUAAGAUAAAAACAAUUGUUACAAUACUUUUUGUAUACCUCCUUUGUUCAACAGUUAAAUCUGAUUACUAUAGGGAGAAUGUGACCGUUCUCAGCUCCAUCAAAAUAAAAGUGUCGCCUCAAACACAUUGGCCAAACAGAGAAACUUAUCGUCAAUGACGAUAUUUGAUAUAUCGGUCGACCGAUAAACCAAAGAGUUUCUGGUCCUCACUGACUUCUAUAGUAUUUUUCCUCUAUACUAUGGACCUCAAGGGGGACCAGAAACUGACAGAACUUUAAUUUUUGGGUUAACAAUCCCCAUAAGGCUACCUAAUAUAAUGUGUGAAAAGAAAAACAAGUCUUGUGGGUUUAAAACUUUAGUUUUUGGGUGAACUAUCCCAUUCAGAAUCACAACGGAUAUAUUUAGCUUUCAGUUGAAAUCAAAGAGC